UUUUACGGGCGAGCACAGAGGUGAAAUUAAGCGUAUUUCAGCAGGGCCCUGGUGGAGAGAGUAAAGUGGUAGGCCAACUAGCUAGUCUUCUGUAACAGGAUGUGCUCAUGUACACCCACAGCAGCUCUGUCUCCCAUCAGCUGUGUGUGCAUGAGGAUGUUGCCUCGGAGGCAGAAUAGGUAUGAUGUAAUCUAAAGCCAGAGAGAGAGAGAGAGAGAGAGAGAGAGAGAGGCAAAGCCAGAGCCAGAGCUGGGUAACAACCGCAUGGUACGGAUGGAUCUCGGCUGUUUUUGCACUUUCUGAAAUACAUUUGAAAAACCUUCGUCGGAGCCGUUGGCGUAAACUGUCCCGUGUUGUUGUGGAAGUCAUGCCGCGGAGGUUUGUCCCCUCCCGACGAAGAGAAUGCUGGAUGCGGACCAGCCAGCAGUAGAAGCAGCACCGGCCGGGGAUGCUGUUGGUGAGCUUGACUCCCCCUCUCCAUCAGCUCUAUUAACCACCAAGGCUCAGGAGUCCUCUUCCACAGCAGCUCCAACAUCUUCCUCCGUGUGAAAAUGCUCUGCUCUCCGCCUCCAUCGUCGACAUCGGUCCGCGCUAGCUGUCGUCUUUUCCCCCGUGAUGACAGGCGGGCGCCCGCUUCAGAUUUCAACAUUUGUAGGCCCUUUAUGUCCGCCGAAGAUCAUAUUAUCAUCGCGUCUGAUAUGACAUUUUGAGCUGUUGUGGUUGUUUUUAUUUCGCAAAUACCCCUUUUACCUGCAUUGAUUUCCACUUUCAACAGAUAGGCUAUUUUUGGAGCCGGAAGAUGGGCCGCGUCCACUGCUGCACCUCGUUUUGCCCUGAUCUGAGUUUCAUGCUUUCCUGACCUUACAAGCCACAAUGCAUUUGUGACUAAGCUUCAGUAGUCCUGUUUCCUUUUGGGACAUUUGCCUGGCUUUACUUGCCUUUCCUGCCACCCUGCAGAGCCCCAUGCAGUAUAGUUGCCCUGCGGGGGAAUGAGCAGCCUCAAUCCCUCCAGCAGACGCCUUGCCCGCUGCUCCUGCUGUCCGCCGUGUGGCCCUGCUCUGACUUCACAGGGUUGUGGAGGUCCUGACAACUAUAAAACGUGAAAGGUUGGGGACGUUUGCCUUUCCAGCUCAGGUUUAAACCAUGGCCAAUGAACCUGUCAUCCUUAACGUGUAUGAUAUGUACUGGAUAAACGAAUACACUUCCAAUCUGGGUAUUGGAGUCUUCCACUCAGGCAUCGAGAUUUAUGGCAGAGAAUUUGCAUACGGGGGUCAUCCAUACCCUUUCAGUGGCAUCUUUGAGAUCAAUCCCGGGAAUGCCACUGAACUGGGAGAGACAUUCAAAUUCAAGGAGGCCAUUGUUUUGGGCACCACAGACUUCACAGAGGAGGACAUAGAUAAAAUCAUGGAGGAGCUCGGUAAAGAGUUCAAAGGCAACGCCUACCAUCUAAUGCACAAAAACUGCAACCACUUCUCCUCCUCACUGUCUGAGUUGCUGUGUGGACGAGAAAUCCCUCGCUGGGUCAACAGACUGGCGUACUUCAGCUCCUGCAUCCCCUUCCUGCAGAGCUGCCUACCCAAGGAGUGGUUAACUCCGGCCGCCCUGCAGAGCCACAUCAGCCUCGGCCUCCACAAAGAGGAGCAUAACGAGUCCAGCGACGAGGACCCUUCGUCACCGCCCGGAGCAGCUGCCGGCGGCUCCUCCCACAGCUGUUACCACACGAGGGUGUGAACCGCCCGACAUACAGUACAGUGACAUCUGGACCUCCCUGCCACCUCUGCCAGUGGCUCAAGUGGCAUUAGUAGGCUUGAACAACCAGCUGACCUCAUACUGUUUGCCCUCUGAGUAAAGAGGCAGGAAAAGCAGCUGCUGCCAGAGACUUCAGACCUACAGAGACCCUGCCGGUCCUUUCUGCAGACGACAGGAUGACAAAACUUUGACCUGAGCACUGAAGCGUGGCUCAGACUCACACAACAACCACUUGUAUUUCUGAAGUUUGCAGUACAUUAUUCUAAGUCUUUUCCAUAAACUUUGAAACCUUUGUCAGCCUUGUUCCCUGCCCUACCUUCAGAGCUGCUUUUGUAGAACAACUAGAUAGACAGCUGAGGCUACUUAUAGGGACAUUACCAGGAAACAGCUAAUCUACUCAAUUUCAACAAGUUCUCGUUCAAUAACCUCGAUGUGGCCUUCAGUUGAUAUCGUUGACUCUACUUUUAUUGUAUGGAACUUAAGUAGUUAACUUUGGCCAUUUUAGAGGGUUUAAAGAGGAUUUGAUUGUUCCUCGAAGUUCAGUCUGAACUCGUAAAAAUGUUGCAUGUUGAAAGAAUUUGACAAAACGUCCAACUGAUCUGAGAUGCCACACUUGUGAUCAUAUCAUCAUCAGUAUUUCUUCUCUUUUUUUCUUUUGUAAAAAAAAAACAAAUGAUCCAACCUGGGACUUGUUUUAAACAGUGAACUGGCAGUUAGCUGCCAGUUUAACCAGUUCAUAGUGUAAACAAUCAAGGGCAAAUACUGUUUAAAUAGUCGCUGUUCAUACAGCCUCGGGUAGCCCAGUCACUAUCUGUGAACAUCUCAGAGACACAAACACAAAGAAAGUCAUGCUGCUACACUGACAAUUAUUGACUUUGUAACCCAGUAAAAUGUUUGUCUACGCUUUUAUAUCCAUAUGGUCUUUAUAUUAUAAUGGUGUGAUAACUUCCAGGCUAGGAAAUGUGCAUUUACGCCCGGAGAAUGUUCCUCUAUGGUACUCGUUUUAGCACCUUUUUCAGCAUUAAACCAAUAAAAACUGAACAGUGAUGAGAAAGAAAAGCAGAAAAAUCAGUAUUCUCCUUUAAAAUACAGUAAUCCUUAAAGCAAUGGGUUCUACAUUUUAGAAAAUAUACUUACUCGCUUUCUUGCUGAAAGUUAGAUGAGAAGAUCAAUACCAUUUUUAUGUCUGUAUGGUAAAUAUAAAGCUUCAGCCAGAAGCUGGUUGGCUUAGCUUAGCAUAAAGACUGUAAACGGGGAAACAGUGAGUCUGGCUCUGUCCAAAGAUAACAAAAUCCACCUACUAGCACAGUGAAAGCUCACCAUUUAACGCGCUACAUCUUGUAUGUUUUAACCCAACAAAAAAAUUUCCAUUCUUUAUGCUAAGCUAAGCUAACCGACUGCUACCUGAAGCUUCAAAUUGAUCCCACCAACAUAAGAUGGGUAGCAAACUUCUCAUCUAACUCUCAGCAAGAAAGCAAGUGUAUUUCCCAAAAAAUCUAACUGUUCCUUCAAGACUAUAUUUUUGAUUUAUUUCAACUGUGAACUGAACUUUGACACGUUUACAGAUACAAAGCAUUUUAUUGAUAGUAUAGGAGUUACUCAUACAUCUGAAUGUUGCUGCAGUGAGAAGUUCAGAUACUCAUAAAGGGAAAACAUGAUCUCAUGAAGUUAUUUGUCAUCAUUGUGGUUUUAGCAUACAUGCAGGUAAACUAUUCCCACUCUGAUAUUUAUAAUGGUGGUGAUUGCAAUGAUGAUAAUAAUGAUGGGGUUUUUUUUAAAUGCAAAUUAAGCUCAGUGAACCAGGCCAGAUGGGAUUUUAAUCUUGGCCCAUCCCUCCUACUGCUACUGCAGUGGGUUCAUGGACAGCUAGCCUUUCUCAGGAAGGAAAUCACAUAACUCGUAAUAGUGACAGUCAUCUCAUUCCUGCUGAACACCUUGUUAAAUGGGGUAGGGAAAGUGCAAAUUGAUGAUUAGACUUCUUCAUUUUCCUAAAUAAGCUAUAUUGUUAUUUACUUUUGAUGUAGUCUUACAUUUUACCAGGUGUAAUGUGUUCAGUUAUUUUGGGGUAUAUUUUGAGUUUGCAGGAGCUGUACAGUGACCCGUGCUCAAAAGUCUUUGGCACUUUAUACAGAGCAGACCAGACAAGUAUUUUUUUUUUCUAUUGCUCUGUAUCAACCAUAACCUUUUAUUUCCUUUUCCUAACCCAAGACAAUUUCAAGAAUGAUGAUUAUAGAAUAAAGAGAGAGAAUAACAAA